AUGGAGUUCGCAUUUGGGCUGACCAAGACGGUGGUUGAGGCGACCGUGAGCAAGGCCAAGUCGGCGAUAGAGGAGGAGGAGAGGCUCAAGGAAGAGGUGCAGCACGACCUGGAGUUCAUCACGGCCGAGUUCCAGAUGAUGCAGUCCUUCCUCAACAAUGCCGGCAACAGGGAUCGUGCCGGCGAAAGUGAAGUGGCGCGGACCUGGCUGAGGCUGCUCCGCGACCUAGCCUUCGACGUGGAGGAUUGGGUCGAGUUCGUCGCCCACAUGGACAAGGUGGGGUCGACGGGGGCGUUGUGCCGCCGCCUGAUGCAGGCCUGCCCGUGCCUGGCACAGUCGCAGGACCUGGACGUGGCGGCCGCCGCCGCCGAAAUAAAGCUGCUCAAGGCCAGGGUCGAGAAUGUAAGCCAGAGGAGCAAGCGCUAUAACAUCAUCCCCAGCAGCGAUUCCUCCUCGUCCGGCGCCGGCGGCUCCCGCUCCAUCUCCAACAAGCCUGCUGCCACUGCCACUGCCAUGCCGGCAGAGCAGAUGGUGGCCGGCGCCGCCGUCAGCCCGUUGGCGUUCGGCAUCCUUCGCAAGGCGUGGGAGGCCGCUGGGAAGCCAUGUGCCAUGCUCAACCUCCAGAAGAUCAUCGCCACUGACGGCGGCCAUGAGCUCCAGGUCAUCUCGGUUUGGGGAAGUACAGGAGGUGACCUUGGGAUGACCAGCACUAUCAGGGAGGCAUACUGCGACACACACAUCGGCCAAGAAUUCAGAGCUCGCGCCUGGGUGAAGCUGGCGCAUCCAUUUAACCUCCACGACUUCCUCGACAGCUUGCUGACACAGCUUCUUCGCAAGAGCUCUCACCACCACGGAGAUGGAGAUGCAGCCGGAGUGGGCUUCCGGCCGGCAAGGUGGGAUGCCAUCAAAAUGUACCUGCCGGACUGUAAGAACGGCAGCCGGAUCAUCGUAUCUACCCAUGACAUAGGGAUGGCAUUUAUGUGCACCGGCAAGCCCUACCUAGUGUCGGAGCUCAGGCGGUUUCCUGAUGGCCAUUCUCUCUGCGCCUUCUUCAGAAAGGCACGGGAGAGUCCCAUUGACAUCAACAAAUUUAUACAGGCAAUAACAUGUCCAAGUGUAGUCUCUGUGUGGGGUAGAUCUCGCACCAAAUCUAUCGUUGUCGACACAGUUUACCGCGACAUAAUAAUGCUGCAUAAUAAUAAGCAGGAAGAAGAACACGAUGGCAGACUGAUGAAAUUCAAAUUUGAAACGUAUGGAUGGGUCCACGUGCCGGAUUAUUGGUUCGAUUUGAGGCUCAUAUCUCGGCAGUUAUAUCUUGAUCUUUGUUCAUAUGGUGGUUCAGCAUACAAUGAUGAAACCAAGCAUGCUAAUGAGACAGUCGAUGCUAUAGAAGAGGCAGCCCUAAUUCAGAAGUGCUGUGAGUUUCUGCGUGAAAAGGACUGCCUCGUUGUUAUUGACGGUCUGCGGUACACAAAGGACUGGGAUUUGUUCAGAAAGACGUUCUUAUCUAAGCCUAUAAAAGGCUGCAUCAUUAUCAUUACAAAUGAAGAAAAUGUUGCAAAACAUUGUGCAGAUUCUAAAGAUCGAGUAUUCAACAUCAAAGACGAUCCAGAAGCCAGCGCGGCCCAGAUUUUCUCCAUCAGAAAGGAAAAGGCACGUACCUGGACUAAGACAGCUGAAAUUGUUGAGAGCAAUCAACGACUGGCUUUAGACUUUUCCUUGCUUCUACAAGAUCCUGGUGGAGUUGUGUCCAUCAAAGACGAUCCAGAAGCCAGCGCGGCCGAGAUUUUCUCCAUCAGAAAGGAAAAGGCACGUACCUGGACUAAGACAGCUGAAAUUGUUGAGAGCCAUCAACAAUUGGCUUUAGGCUUUUCCAUGCUUCUACAAGAACCUGGUGGAGUUGUGUCGGUUUGGGGUUUUACUGGUGUUGGCAAGAAAUACCUGGUCAGAACAAGCUACUACCAUCAUAUGCUUCGUUCAUGGGGGCAGCUGUUCACAGUCAACAGCCAACCUAUAUGGUUGAACAUUCGAAAGGAAGAAAAUCAUGGAGACGAAUUCACCGCAUUCAGCUGGGUCCAUGUACCGUGUCCAUUCAGUUUGAUGACAUUCUCUCGGCGCUUACUGAUGGAUUUCUAUUCAGAUGACCUUCAAGCCAUGGAAGCUGCUGCAGUUGGCAUCAUGCAAGGCCAAGACCUAUAUGAAGAGUGUCGCAAGAUUCUGCGCGCGAAGAAAUAUUUCAUUGUCAUUGACGGGCUACAGUCCACGGAUGAAUGGGACACGAUAAAGCAGGAAUUCUUCCCCCGACGCGUUGAUGGUUGUGUUGUUGUCAUUACACAUGAAGCAAAGGUGGCCAGGCAUUGUCAAGUUGAUGAAACACGACGAGUCAACGUCAGAGCCUUUCAAGCUGAUGAAGCCCGUAAUCUCUUCAUGAAGGUUGUGUGGAAGAAUAAGCAACUGAAUCGGGAUGAGAUGAAACUUUCUAAACGUAUCUUGUCCAAGUGUGGCGGGCUCCCAAAAAUAAUAAAUGCUAUAGGAGAACACUGCAGCAGAUACACUGAAGCCAUGCAUCUUCUAUCUGUCAGUCUUCCCAGUAGACCACAACAUCAGGUGGAGGCGUUUGCUAAGGCGGUGGAUUGCAGAGGGUUACUGCAGGGACAAAGCUUCUACAACUGUAGAGGAGGAGGGGAAAAUGUUGUUGUCCGAGCUCAUCAACUUGAGCAUAAUCCAGGUCCAGCAUACACCCGCAAGAUCCUUGAACUCAACGGUUUCUUCCGUGAAUACCUCGUCUCAAGGCCAAUGGAAGGUAACCUUGUUUUCACGCUGAAAGGGAAAUGCAGCGUGAACUCACAACGCGCAGGACAACACUUGACUAUAAGGAGCAACUGGGACAGAGACAAGAUUGUCUUUGAGAACAUCAACUUCUCAAAGCUUCGGUCUCUGACAGUGUCUGGGGAGUGGAGGUCAUUCUUCAUCUCCGACAAUAACAACAUGAGGUUGCUUCGGGUGCUGGAUCUGGAGAACUCGUCAGGUGUGACAGAUGAUGACCUUGAGCAGAUUGUGAAGCUACUGCGUCGGCUUAAAUUCCUCUCCCUGCGAGGAUGCAGGGAGAUCACAUGUCUGCCGGAUUCAUUGGGUGGCCUGAGGCAGCUUCAUACUUUGGAUAUCAGAUACACUUCCAUACUUGUGCUGCCGCUUGCUAUCAUCAAGCUGGAGAAGCUGCAAUACAUCAAUGCUGGCACCACUGAACCAUGGGAUCUGACAAGCCCACCAGAAGCAGCAAGUGAAGACUGGGCAUCAACAUCACCAGAAGAACAGAGUCUACAAGUACCAGCGGCAGAUGAGGCUGGGACGACAUCAACACCACCGUCGUGGAGCAGCAGGGCACGUCAGUUGGUAUCUGGCCGCUGCUUGGCAGCCAACAAGUUCCACAGGCACCAGCAAGGUCAUCAUGAUGGCAGUAUCAAGGUCCCUGCAGGGAUUGGGAAGCUGACGGCCUUACAGGCCCUCGGUGUUGUCAAUGUGAGUGGCGCAGGCAGGAAGGCUGUCUCCAAAGAACUAAAGAAGCUCACCCAGCUGCGUAAGCUCAGGGUGUCUGGCAUCAGAAAGGAAAACUAUCAGGAGUUGUUUUCUGCCAUCUCAGGUCAUGCCCAUCUGGAGUCCUUGUCAGUGCGACUUGAAAAGGAUCAGGAGGGUGGUUUUUGCUGUUUGGACGGCAUCUCCGAGCACCAGAGGCCUAGGUACCUGAAGAGCCUGAAGAUGUAUGGGCAUGUCCACAAAUUGCCCACCUGGAUGAAGCAGCUUGACCGUCUCAGUAAGGUUGAUCUUGAGAUGACCAUAACAGAGCAACAGGGCACAUGUUUCUAUGAGCAAUUGCCAACUCAAAUUAUCCAAGGACGUAUCAGUGUCAAGGCAGUUGAAAUGGGUCAAGUCAAUUUUGGGGCUCCAGAGGACUCUCGUCGUUAUCCCUACUGGGACAAACAAUUCCAGGUCUUCAAGAUCGACUGCACCUCCAGGUUACAGGUGACUUUUACAGAUGAUUACAUAACACGCUCUGUUGAGCUGCUUGUGGUUCACUUCUCUAGUGGGUCGUCCUUGACGAUUUCUGGGCUAGAGCAUCUAGAUAAGCUCAAGGAAGUGUGGCUCAAGGGUUCCUACAGAUUAGAACUCUGGCAACAGUUGAAGCAGCAACUUUCCAAGCAUCCUAACAAACCUGUCUUGAAGCCAGAGCAGCCAAGUUUCGCCUGA